UGGAUGUUGACCGAACUGUUCUGUAUAAAAUGAAGAAAUCUGUCAAAGCCAUAAACUUAUCUGGUUUGGCUCACGUGGAAAAUGAAGAACAGUAUACACAAGCACUGGAGAAAUUUGGAGGCAACUGUGUUUGCAGGGAUGACCCAGAUUUGGGAACAGCAUUUUUAAAAUUUUCUGUGUUUACAAAGGAAUUAACUGCACUCUUCAAAAAUUUGAUUCAGAAUAUGAACAACAUAAUCACUUUUCCAUUGGACAGUUUGCUGAAGGGAGAUCUGAAAGGAGUAAAAGGGGACCUGAAAAAACCCUUUGAUAAAGCUUGGAAAGACUAUGAAACGAAAGUUACAAAAAUAGAGAAGGAGAAAAAAGAGCAUGCUAAGCUGCAUGGGAUGAUCCGUACAGAAAUAAGUGGAGCUGAGAUUGCAGAAGAGAUGGAGAAAGAAAGAAGGUUCUUCCAGUUACAGAUGUGUGAGUACCUGCUGAAAGUCAAUGAAAUCAAGAUUAAAAAAGGGGUGGACUUGCUUCAGAACUUGAUCAAGUAUUUUCAUGCUCAGUGCAAUUUCUUUCAGGAUGGAUUAAAAGCAGUUGAAAGUCUCAAACCUUCAAUUGAGACCCUCUCGACAGAUCUUUAUACAAUUAAACAAGCACAAGAUGAGGAAAGAAGACAAUUAACACAGCUUAGAGAUAUUUUAAAAUCAGCACUCCAGGUUGAUCAGAAAGAGUCUAGGAGAGAUUCUCAGAUCCGUCAGAGUACAACUUACAGUUUACACCAGCCUCAGGGAAACAAGGAACAUGGCACUGAACGGAAUGGUAGUCUGUACAAGAAAAGUGAUGGAAUCAGAAAAGUGUGGCAGAAAAGGAAGUGCUCAGUUAAAAAUGGUUUUCUUACAAUUUCCCAUGGUACAGCCAACCGACCUCCAGCAAAGCUCAAUCUGUUAACCUGCCAAGUGAAAACAAACCCAGAGGAGAAAAAAUGUUUUGACCUCAUAUCACAUGACAGAACCUACCACUUUCAAGCAGAGGAUGAACAGGAAUGUCAAAUAUGGACAUCUGUGCUACAAAACAGCAAAGAGGAAGCUUUAAAUAAUGCAUUCAAAGGAGAUGAUAACACAGGAGAAAAUAAUAUUGUCCAGGAACUGACAAAAGAAAUUAUAUCUGAAGUCCAGAGGAUGACUGGAAAUGAUGUGUGUUGUGACUGUGGAGCACAAGAUCCUACCUGGCUUUCAACAAAUUUAGGAAUUCUAACUUGCAUUGAAUGCUCAGGAAUCCAUAGAGAACUUGGUGUUCACUAUUCCAGGAUGCAAUCACUUACAUUAGAUGUGCUGGGAACAUCUGAACUUUUGCUUGCAAAGAAUAUUGGGAAUGCUGGGUUUAAUGAGAUUAUGGAAUUCUGUCUGCCAGUUGAUGAGACGGUCAAACCUAAUCCAAGCAGUGAUAUGAAUGCAAGAAAAGAUUAUAUUACUGCCAAGUACAUUGAGAGAAAAUAUGCAAGGAAAAAGCAUGCUGACAAUGCAGCUAAAUUACAUGCUCUUUGUGAAGCAGUCAAAUCAAGAGACAUUCUUGGAUUAGUCCAAGUAUAUGCUGACGGUGUGGAUCUCACAGAAAAAAUUCCGCUGGCCAAUGGCCAUGAGCAAGAUGAAACCGCACUUCACCUUGCUGUUAGGUCAGUUGAUCGAACAUCCCUUCAUAUAGUUGAUUUUUUAGUGCAGAACAGUGGCAAUCUAGAUAAGCAAACGUGUAAAGGUAGCACAGCCCUGCAUUAUUGCUGCCUGACAGACAACGUUGAGUGCCUCAAACUGCUGCUGAGAGGGAAGGCUUCUAUUGAAAUAGCUAAUGAAUCAGGAGAGACACCACUUGAUAUAGCUAAACGCUUAAAACAUACUCACUGUGAAGAGUUGCUUACUCAAGCACUGUCCGGAAGAUUUAAUUCUCAUGUUCAUGUCGAAUAUGAAUGGCGGUUACUCCAUGAAGAUCUGGAUGAAAGUGAUGAUGAUGUGGAUGAAAAGCUGCAGCAACCCAGUCCCAAUCGGAGAGAGGACAGGCCCGUCAGCUUCUAUCAGCUUGGAUCAAACCAACUUCAGCCUAAUGUAGCAUCCUUGGCAAGAGAUGCAGCAAACAUUGCUAAGGACAAGCAAAGAGGAUUUAUGCCAAGUAUAUUACAGAACGAAACGUAUGGAGCAAUACUCAGUGGCAGCCCACCUCCCAUGCAGCCUGCAGUUCCUGUCACAAGCAGUGCACCUCCUCUACCUCCAAGGAAUAUUGGCAAAGUUCAGCCUUCAGUUCUUGGCAGUGGUAUUCAGACAAUUUCUUCAUCUAAUGCAAUGUGGAAGACAAAUUCUUUAGGAGUGGAAAGUAUAAGCAGGCAAAGGUCUUCAUCAGAUCCACCAGCUAUUCAUCCCCCUGUGCCGCCAUUGCGUGUAACAUCUACAAAUGUGCUUUCUCCAGCACCACCGCCCCCGGUGGCAAAGACAGCCAGCAUCAUAGAAGCUUUGAACCAGCAAUCUAAACAACAACCAGCUCCUCCACAAACUAAGCCAACCCCACCACCACUGCCCCCACAGCCUCCUAGUAGAAUCUCUCAAAGAAAGCCUAUUCCUGGGAUGGAGAAGUCAUCUGGUUUAACUAACAAAGGGCAGUCCAGAGGACUUGGGUCUCUACAACAAACUGCAGGAGAGUCGUCUUCUGUAUGCGAAAUUCCAGUAACACAAACUGGUUCUACAGCAAAUCCUUUGGCACAGAUCCAGCCACCAGCACCAAUGCCAAGGAAAUCACAAAUAUCAAAAACUAAACCCAAGAGAGUAAAAGCAAUUUACAACUGUGUAGCAGAUAACCCAGAUGAGCUAACUUUUUCAGAGGGAGAUAUUAUUGUGGUUGAUGGUGAAGAAGAUCAGGAGUGGUGGAUUGGCCACAUUGACGGAGAUCCCAGUCGGAAAGGAGCUUUCCCUGUAUCAUUUGUGCACUUUAUUGUUGAUUAAGUUGCUACUGAUAAGUGGAGACAUUUCUCAUUUCCAGCAGUCACAGAAAUAAGUUUUGCUCUAUUUCAUUUCAUCUACCCAUCUGCAGACACCUUGCCAGAGCACUGCCCAAGUCCUAGGUACUGUAGCUUACUUUUCUAUUGCCAUUGUUCUGAUUUUGGGACUUUUAAAACUUUUUUUCUAUGUGAAAACUUCUCAUGAGCAGUUUACACUUUUUUUAAAAAAACAAAACAAAAACAAAACCAACUCUUGCUGUAUUUUUCAAGGUGAACUGAAAAGCUUUAACGAUCAAAAUCCAUGUAAGUGUGUGAACAUCACAAGGUGAUGAAUGUUCUUUUCAAUCAAUUCACUGUAACUCUAUUCUCCCUCUCGUAAUGUGGCAGUACCACGGCUGAGUGUUGCUUCCCCAGUCAGAGAAGUGGUGUGUGUCUAACAGGGCAGUGAAUUUAUUCCGUUCUCAACACCAUUUGAAGUGUUGGAACCCAAACGCGCAAGCUGCUGCGUAGUUCUCAAUGGGACUCGUCCAGCAUCUUGCCAUUCUGGCUGUCACCCAGGAUGUCAACCAUUGCAAAGGAACAGUUCUAUUCGGGUGUCUUUGGCCAGGUAAAAGUGAAAAGGUAUUUCAGUUUACCACAGGAGAAACUUCUUUCUUUCAGAAUGGAUGUAGAUAUUUGCUUAAAGUUAUCCGAGAUCUGUGUUAGUCGUUGAACUUCCUAGUUCUAAUUUUGUGAGCUUGAGACUGUUUCAUUUUUCUAUGCUGCACGUGUGUAGAACCUGUUUUUUGAAUGUUCUUUAUGUAUGUUACAUCCAUUUCGGUCAUUUAAUGUGACUACUGCUGGUUAACUAAACUAUGGCAAUAUUAACGAGUUACUUCAUUAACUCGAGGCAAUGAAAACUGCACUUCCUGAAAUGUACUUAACUAUGAUGAUGGAUUGCAGAGCAUUUCUUACCCUUCUCUCAUUCUAGUGGUUAGACUUCGCUUUUAAAUUUCUUGAGUUUUCUUAAACCAUCCAGCAACGUGUUCACAGAGAGAACAUAUUUGGUGGAACACUUAGAUAAUUAUCCUUGGUCAAUAAGGUAUCCGACACCUCACAAGUACACUACGUUAGGUUUCUGGUUUUAUACCGUUUGUGUGCCACUACCUUGCAAACAAUGCUAGUUUGCUGACUCACUCUGUAUUUAUAUGAUAGACCCACGUAUAUGGUAGCUACACUGUUGUUAAAUUUGUUUUACUAAUUUGUGAACAAAGGCUAGGCCAUGGGUGGUUCCCGGUUGGUUGAUGGGAUGCAAAACACCAAUACUCCAUCUGACGGCGUUUCGGCGCUUGCAUAUUGAGAAAUUGUACCGGUUUUUGCUUAUGCUACAGGAAAACAACUGAGGGCAUAGGAUGAGAAACAUCAAUGUCUAGGUCACAUUGGCUUUGAUCACGUUUCGUGACUAUCGUAUCUCUAGGUUUAUCCAGAGAACUUUGAGUUUCUGACAAAUGGUGUUUAAAUGGGCCUGUGUCACGAGGAACGGAACGGGAACAGGGCACGGCCAGAUGGGCUGCACGGGGAGAGACCCCCAGGGCCCGUCCCUGCCGUGGCCGGGUGGGCUGGCAGCCUCCCACCAACCACCCCUGGGCACGGCCAAGGGCACGGAACCCUCCUGUCCUAGAUGCUGUUGCUGCAGUAACAAUGGGGAACAAACUGGAACGUUUUCGAGAUGCUCUUGUUGCAAGUUGAAGCAAAUUAGUCCGUAUUUUCAAAGCUCCCAGUAAAAACUAAUAGAGUAAUAGUUUAGCACUACAGUUUUAUUCACUUACUGAUACGUUCAGUUUGCAACACUAUUUUGUAUGUUUCUAUCCCUGAUAGAGUCUAGAGAGUAAAUGGGCAUAUUAUUUUGCACAGAUCCCCUAAUGUACAGUAUUUUUAACACAGAAUCUUAUAGUGUAUGUAACAACUCGUAAAGUUAAACAAUGAUGCAAAUUUUCCUUGAGUUCUGCUAGAAGAGGAAUCCACUUUGCAAUGUCACAACCUCGUUCACCGGUUACUUAAAAACUAGGAAACUUGUAGAAUAGAAGUUAGUAGCACUAACAGUGCAGGCAGAUACAAUCUUGAGGACCAAUGAAGAGCAGCUAAGCAAAAUUUAUCCCUAGAUUUUCCGUCUUUCUCAAAAGUUUGCUCCUCUGCCAGAGGAAAAAGAAAUUCUAGAGCCUGUAGAUAUCUAUUUAUAAUAUAAAAUUAAGAAUUUUAAGUCCAAAAUUUUGGCAUAUUUCAUACAACUUUUCAAAUCUGAUUAAAAUGAUGAUUCAAAAAAACCCAACCUGUUAAUAGACAGACUAUUAGGUUGCUGUGUUAACUGUUUAAAGGAGCAAGUGACACUUAAAAUGCAGCUUAGAAUGCUAUGAGAUGUAUAAUAUUCAAUUCAGUUGUUUUUAUUUUGUUUAGUUGCAGAGCAACUGUAUAUAUUGUAUAACCUAAAAUCAACUCUUAUUUUCAAUGUCCUGGAUGCAGUGAUUUAUAAUUAGAGCAUGAUUAAUAAAUUUUACUCUUGUUAACCAGUCAAAUGUCUGGAAAAAAAUAAAACUACUUUUAAAAUCA